AUGUGCGCAUGUGUGUGUGUGCGGGUCCAUCACUCGCCUGCUUUGCUCUCUCAUUAUACGGAAACCCACGCCAACGCACCGAAGGUGCCCAAGUGUAUCGGCGCGCAGAUACCAAUAAUGGCCUCCUUCACGCCGCUCGACAACUUCAAGAGCCGUAGCCGCGGCAUGCUGCCGACUGGUAUUGUUAUCGACAAGUCAUGCCGCGUGUACGUGACACAGAUCCCGCUGGAACGUAUCGAGCGAGACGGCACAAACGCCCUGAAGGCUGAGUUUGAGGUCUACGGUCCGCUGGAGUCGUACAAGAUGUUCACCGACCGCUCUGGUCGCUUCAUCGGCAGUGCCCUAUGCACUUACCGCAACCCGGCAGAUGCAUCCAUGGCUGUCUACUGUAUGGAUGGCGUAGAGAUGGAGGGGUCCAAGCUGCAUGUCGAGCCGGCGAAGGAGCACGGCGUUGUGCUUCUCUCUUCGGGUAGCAGCGGCGGCGGCAACGGGCCGCAUCGGGAUCACAGCCGCGGCUUUCUGCCCGACACGCAGCGGCAGUGGGGACGCGGCGGUCGUGGGGGAACCGGCCUGUUUGGUGCUGGGCGUGGUCGUGGUGACUCGUCUACCGGGGGACGAGAUGUGAGCAACGCGCUACAGUCGGACCCCCACACGGAGGAGUUGGGCCUCGCUGCCACCGACGGCGUCUUCCCUUCUGAAGACAGUGGCAAGUGGAGUCACGACAAGUACCAAAUGAUGGCCGAAGGCAAGGACAUGGACGAGGUUCUCGGCAUCCGUCGCCCACACCACCGUGGUGGCGCGCGUGGUCGUAGCGGACGCGCAGGGCAGCGCUACGGCGAGCGUGUAGAUGCCGCGUUUGAGAGGUACAUCCACGAGCGCAACUCCAACAGCGAGGAUGCGUUGCUGUCACUGCACCCAUCGUACACGACUGCUGCCUCGUCGCUGAGCAUCCAGACGGACGUGCAGCCGACGCCGGAAACAGAGCCAGCGGCAGAGAGGAGUGUGGCGGAGACGAUGGCCGAAAUGGCCUUUGGCGCCGACGAGAGCGAUGCCCCUGUGACAGGAUCGGAGCUGGGCGCGCUUCAGGAGGAUGCCUAG